GAGGAUCACUCGCUCCUCAUUAUGAGCAUUCUUGGGCUCCUACGCGUAUUAACACAGUCUAAUCGUCGUAUUUAGGGUAUUUAGGCGAAGGACAGAUUGGUUUAAUUAGCCUCCAGUUUACAGGUGGGCGAAAGCCGUUUGUAGGACGGCCCCUCUUUCAGUUCCUCAACAGGAGACGCGGGACUGUCAUUUGUUUGCCAUCCUGUGGGACAGAAGAAACGGCUCCGUUAACAGGUGCGAGGAUAGACAAAUACAAAGGCGUUAAGUCGUGUGUUUGUGCAGUACGCGAUUAGAAGGAUAUUUUCAUUUGUGUUCGCGGUAAAUUAGGAGCUUUAUCUACAUAUCUAGAAUAUCUCCGAAGCCUCUUUCGUUCCUGAGGAGGUCCGACAAAGCCAUGUCAACCAAAAAACGGGUGGAUUUAACAAGAAGGAGCCGAAGCCCCGCGGUGUCUGAGGCGGAGAUGUUUGGUGAUUUUCAGGAGUGGUGCCUCCGCACUUACGGGGACUCCGGCAAAACAAAGACCGUCACCCAGCGAAAAUACAACAAAAUUCUGCAGACCCUCGACGACUCGAAUGGAGUCUAUAUCGAGAGCAACCACAUCAACGCCAAAUUUAAGUUCUGGGUCAAAUCAAAAGGUUUCCAGGUGGGCAACACUGACGGCAAGCCGAACGAGAACGGGGCAGCGGACAGACCGGUCCUGUACGUUCCCAUCAAGGCAACGUGUGUGGACGGGAGCUCGGGGCCGGAGAGCUCCUCUCUGAAGAGGGUCGCUGUGGUGGAGGACUUCUAUGACAUCAUCUAUGCCAUGCACGUGGAGAUCAGCUCGGACCCGGCCAAAGCACCCAAACACGCCGGACAGAAGAAAACAUAUAAAGCGAUAGCGGAGACGUAUGCGUUCCUGCCCAGAGAGGCGGUAACCCGUUUCCUGAUGAGCUGUGGAGAAUGUCAGAAGAGGAUGCACAUCAGCCCCAGUGGUGCAGAGUUCAAAGAGAAUAACCAACCAUCUUCUCUGGCGGCCGACCUCAUAGACUACAACAUGCCCCUCACAACAACCUACUUGAAACAGAAGAAACUACAGUGCAUGAAUAACAACGAGCAGGAUGGCUGUUCAGUGAGUAGUGAGGAGUUUGAUAUGAGUGACCCCACAUGGAUAUCAGCUGAACGUCACACCACACUGUCUGACCAGAACCAACCCUCCAGCGCAGAUAGGAUGCACAGCCCGCAAAACACACACAAGGAAGAGGACGAUGAUUCAUCUUCUGAAAGUGGGAGUGGCAAUGGGAUCCGCACACUGACUCCUCCCUCAGUAGGUGUGGCCGGUGUGAGUGAAAAUACAGGGACAGGAGCCAGAUCGGUUAACGGCAACGGAAACGGUAACACGGCACCACUCGACUUCACCACGACAUCCUCGUCCUCAUCUUCAGAGGACCGGCAACCAGUCAACCUCAGCGACAGACUGAGUCAGGCCCUGCCUAGUGCUGCUGCCAUGCUGGCGACCUUUAACCCUGAGCAGGCAGAGGAGCUGCGCAGAAAAUACCCCAAAUCCUCAGAGCUACGCCUUGACCGAGAUAUCAGGGACUAUAAUAGCAAGUCUCCUCAAUACAGUUCAGGCAGCUAUGAUUCAAUAAAGAUGGAGAUGUGCCCUGAAGAUCUGACUGUUGGUCGGUCUCAGGCGGCUGACGAUGAUGACGAUGACCAUGACGACCACGACGAUAGCGAUAAGAUCAAUGAUGUAGAAGGAGUGGAUCCAGAGAGGUUGAAGGCUUUUAACAUGUUUGUGCGUCUCUUUGUGGAUGAGAACCUGGACCGUAUGGUGCCAAUCUCUAAACAGCCUAAAGAGAAGAUCCAGGCCAUUAUUGAGUCCUGCAGCCGUCAGUUCCCAGAGUUCCAGGAACGCGCUCGCAAACGCAUCCGUACCUACCUCAAAUCCUGCCGUCGUAUGAAGAAGAAUGGCAUGGAGCAGACUCGACCCACGCCACCCCACCUGACCUCAGCGCUGGCUGAGAACAUUCUAGCAGCCGCCUGUGAGAGUGAAUCACGCAAAGCUGCCAAAAGAAUGCGCAUGGAUGUCUACCAGGCACAUGAUGAGCCUUUAUCUCUGGAUAAGGCGGUCUCUCGUGAGCCGGUCUCGCUGACCCAAUCUGCAUACUCCCUUGCUGCCUCAGCCUACUCCCAGGACCAGCUAUACAUCAAUGGAGGCCUCAACUACAGUUACCGUGGUUACGGCGGACUGUGUGCCAGCAUGCAACACCCAGUGUCCCUGACAACAGCUACCGCCCAGACCAACGGACCUACUGAUCUCAGUAUGAAGUCUCUGGCCUCAAAUUCGUCCUCGUCAAGCUCCAGUAGUCUCGGCAGGAACGGAGGAGGCGGGGCUUCAGCUCAGCUCAGCCAUACAGAAGUGGCGGCAGUGCGUCAGCUGAUCGCGGGAUACCGUGAGUCUGCAGCCUUCCUGCUACGAUCGGCAGAUGAGCUGGAGAACCUCAUACUACAACAGAACUGAACCGAUUUUCAACACUCUCUCUGACUACACACAUACCCUUGUCCCUCUGGACCUCAUAACUGACUGUGUCCCUCACAUGAUUAUCAUCCUCAUCGUCACAGGUUUUCCAGUCACCAAGGAAAACCAUCUGGCUCUUAAAGAUGUUAGAAGAGAGAGAAAACACACCGCUUCAUCAAGCUUUUGCGUUCAUAUUUCAACGAGAACGGCCAAGAGAUGAAGAGGACAAACGUGGAGAUGAAUCUUUGAAGGACACUGCAGUGCUGAAGCAGACGGUUCGAUGCAUCCUCCACGUACUGCUCCUCUCCACGGCCUCCCUCUGUUUAACCGCCCUUCGUUCCCCGCUGAGAGCCAUCGAUUUUGGAUUUUCUUGGUUUUUAGCUACUUCAAAGGAGGAAUUACGGCACGCCAAUCCUCCAGACGGCACUAACUAAUUGAAGACACUUUUGAUUUGGAGGCGUAAUGGAAAGAAAGAAGAUAAAAAGAGCAAGAAGAAAACUAAGAGACCUUUGUAUUUGCUGUAAAUAAGCACUUGCUGUGUCCUGAAGCACUUUUCCAUUCAUUCUGACCUCUGAAUCAUUAAUUUAUGCAUAUAGAUACGCAGGUGGAAGCUCACCUGGAAAUACCUCAACCUGUCUGUCCCGCUCUCUCUCUCCCAGCGUUCUCCUCUCUGUGUGUGGAAAAAAGAAAAUUAUCACCUGUCCGUCCUCGACUUCACGGUCCAGUGAUUUGGGCAUCGAAGGCAGAGAGUGGGAGUGAAUUUGUUUCUGUAAUUAAAGUGAAGAUUUUCUUUUCCACCCCCUCCAAAUGUGUUGUAUAUAUUCCGAUCCAUUUCAAGGUAUUGAUGGCAAAAAUACACUGAACUUGUUUUGGGAAUGGACCCGUACUGAUGCAUUUAAACACUUCGGCCUCAUAGAUGCCAACUCUCUUUGUUUCCACUGUACGGGUCACCUUCUGUUCUCCUCUUCUCUUAUGUGUCCUUCCAUUUCUCCUGUACAUCCUCUCUCCUCCUCCACCUUAUUAUUCUGCUUUGGACGGAGAUAGAGAGGAAGGAUCCGGAAUGGAAGCUUGUUAGUCUUUUAUCUGUUGACUUUUCUUAAUGGCCAUUAAUCCACUCUGCUGCUAUGGACUCCAACGUAACGCCACAGACCUGAAACCUCAAGCCUCCCAAACACAACCAGAGCACCUCAAGGCAAAAAAAAACAAGGCAAAAAAAGUCCAAAACAGAAGCCAAAUCCAAAAGAAAUAUAAAAAAAACCUGCCGUUUUGCAUUCUGGUCGAGAGUGUUUGAUUUCAUACUGAGGGCUGCUUGUGUUUGCUUUUGUUUGAUUUGUUCUAAAAGUGCGGUGUGUGCUUAAAUCUCGAGAUCAACUGGGAUCAAAUCAUCUUUGGCACAAGAGCUUGGCGCAUACACGAACACGUGUACGACACGAACAGACACGCUAAAGGGUCUUUAGUGAACUGAAUAUUUAUCAGGAGAGGUUUAAAAAUGUGUAGUUAGUGAGGUAGAUUUGUUUAGGGACUGGCUGACAGUAAUGUCACUGUAAUUUGCUCCAUUUGCACACAGAGGCAGUGCUAAUCUGUGAUUGAGGAGCUCGGUGGCUCCGUGUUGCACUGCUAGUGGGGGAUGGAGAAAGAAUAUCGCAAUGCAGAAGAUAAUCAAACGCAUUUCUGGCCCUAAAGGAGACAGACUAAUACAGAGAGGCUACCAUGACCCCCGCUGAGGAGCCUUCAGAAUCAUUACAUUCAUAAUCACAUGACCGGGACCUACUUAUGAUUGAAAGCCAUGAUGAUGAGUGAGUGUGACCAGAGACUACACUGUCCUCUUAAGAUGUAUUUGUGUGCAAUUUUCACACCUCUACUCAAAACGCAACAGUGGAUAUAUAGAAGUAAUGAUUUCUUAAUUAUUAUAUUUAUGGUUGGCCUUCACAGUCCAGCCUCCUACUUCGAUACUGAGUUGUUACAUACGUGAAGACAUAUGCACAGUUGACAGCGUGAGGCCUCUCCUCACUGUGCUGUCCUCUGGUUAAUGUUGCUCUGAUCACAAAAGGGUCCUUGACCUCUCUCAUCUCUGACUGUCUUCGCUUUUUCUUUUACUUUAUUUCAGGAGAGAACUUAAUAAGGAAA